AUAGUUUUUAUUCGCGUGACUGAGCGUUUUCAUAGCAAGUCCUGUGGUAGGAAAUAAUGCCUUCUCAGCUAGCUGUCGUCUCCUUCCCCUCUCGUUGCUGAAGGGAUAGCGAUCGUGUAUUGCGGUAACUGUGUCGAUGUCUGCUCUUGCUAGCUUUCUGCCAGGCGGCAAGUGUCAGACCACGGAAGGUGGGUUUCAGCGUCCAGUCCAGGACGAUUUCUGAGGCAGACUCAACGUUUUUCUCAUCAUUUACCUGGGAAAGACUCUCGCGAACCCCGCAGUCCAACACUUUUUCUUUUCGACACACAUUUACCCGGACAAAUCGUGCUCACUCAAGUCGCGCGAGCCAGCUGCUACUGGCAACGCGAUCGGAGAACCCUCGGUGUUGCCUUGCGCUUGGCGCCGCUGCGAUUAGCAAGGCACACUUUCAGGCUUCUUUCCACAUGUGCGGAUUCUUGUCACUAAUGCUUUGCUCCUUCUUUCUCAAGCAAACCGAUCGCAACGCGUAUUAACGUAGAAACGCCUCUCCUGGCCCGCUGUCUUGCCGGUCUGUCGACCUUUGUCUUGCCGUGCUUCCACACCUAGCGGCAGGCCCUGACCAUUCUGCCAGCUUCCGGAUAGUUGGAACGCCGGUCUUUUUCGAAACCGUCGGUUCUUUGGCGCUUCAAGGCGCGUUCUUUGCGGCUUUUUCCCAACUCACUUUGCCCAACUUGCUCGAACGAAACGCGCGCUGUCGACCCACCUUGGCGCAUCCUGAGGGCAUUGUAGCUUUUCGAGUUUCACCUUCCUCAAAAUGGGGAACGUCAUCGAGCAGUUCCACGCGGAGCGCCUCGACCAGCGCUACGGAGUUCUUACAACUCCUGAUGGGAAGAAGCGAGCAAUGAAACCUGAGGACUGCCGCCCUCGCUACUACGAGAGAACUUACCGCGAGGGGGACCCCGAGAUGCCAGAAGACCCAGAAUUCCCGGCAAAACUGUUGAAGGCCGCUCAAGACCACGAAUGGAAAAUCGAGAACGGAGCUGAUGGCCUCUCGAUCAUGUACCCCGGGAAAAGGCAGGCGAAACUGUGGGUUGGUCAUGUCCGAGUCGUCAACCCCGAGGACAGAAUCUGCCCGGAAAACGGAAACGCCAACAUGUCUCUGGACGACCUUAUCCACCAAGGACUUCUCACGCCGUUCUACAAGACCCCCAGCGGGGCCGCCGUUCCCGAGCGUCAAGAAGGAAACGACAAAGUGCCUCAGUCUGCCGCACCUUCCGCUUCCCGUCAACAGUCUGAGGAAAACAAGCGUCUGGCGGAGCAACACUUGAGAAUGUCCGUGAACGAGCGCAUGAAAUUCACGAAUGUACAGGCACAGCAGCAAGCGAUGAGAACCGAUAUUCCCCAGAUGGCAGGAAGCCCACGCAUGCCUGCCCCGCAGCCCUUCCCCUCGAUGUUUUCUGGAGCUCCGUCCCCUUAUCCAAUGUACCCCACCGCCUUUCCGCAACCACAGAUGUGUGCUAUGCCUCCCUCGGUGAACCAGCCUCCGCCCGCUGUUGCCACGGGUGUCUAUCCCCCUCUCUUGCCCAUCUACUGAGUAUUGACUUUUGCCUUCGGGAUUUUAGGUUUUUUCAUUCGGGACGUUGGAACCACCACUGUGAUAGCUGCCGUUUCUCUGGCGCCACAUGGCUUGCCGUCUCGACAGAACAAUUUAUUAAAUGCAGCAAAAAGCACCUCGCCCUUCUUCUGUUUGACUGUCCCGGAUGGCUGCACCCUUAGUUCGAAGCCUAAAGUAACUACCCGCUUGUCGGCAGAUGAACGACGAUCUGGCGGUCGAGAAGACUUAUUUUUUCCUUUCACCGAAAUUCAGACAGUUGCCUGUUGUUUGAAAAGCCCAAUCUGUUCAACUCAAGCCGCUUUUCACAUCAAAUACCAGAAAACAACUCAUUCAUGGCGGGUAGAUGGAAAUUGCUCAAUUCUGU